CAGGCCUUGUAUGAGGCAUCCAGCGAUCGUUGACCCAUGUCGGAAAUCAAAGUUGUUCCGCUGGGGGCCGGCCAGGAUGUAGGCAGAAGUUGUAUUCUAGUGACGAUGGGAGGAAAGAACAUCAUGUUCGACUGUGGGAUGCAUAUGGGGUAUUCCGAUCAUCGUCGAUUUCCCGACUUCACCUACAUCUCCCGCUCUGGAGCCUAUGAUACCAACAUCGACUGCGUUAUAAUAUCACACUUUCACUUGGACCACUGUGGUGCCUUACCACAUUUCACAGAGAUUUGUGGUUAUUCUGGCCCGAUUUACAUGACAUACCCAACUAAAGCAAUCUGUCCAAUUCUUCUCGAAGACAUGCGAAAAGUAGCAGUGGAACGGAAAGGGGAAACCAACUUCUUCACGAGUGAUGACAUUCGGAACUGUAUGAAAAAGGUUAUUCCCAUUGACUUGCAUCAGACCGUGAAGGUGGAUGAGGAGCUUGAGAUUAAGGCCUACUACGCUGGGCAUGUACUGGGAGCGGCCAUGUUCCAAGUCAAGGUUGGAAAUCAAAGUGUUGUCUACACAGGAGAUUACAACAUGACACCGGAUCGACAUCUGGGGGCAGCCUGGAUCGACCGGUGUCGCCCAGAUCUCCUCAUCACUGAAACUACCUACGCGACAACCGUCAGAGGGUCCAAACGCGCACGUGAGCGAGACUUCCUCAAGAAGGUCCAUGACUGCGUGCGGGAUGGUGGUAAAGUCCUCAUUCCGGUCUUUGCACUCGGCCGAGCGCAGGAACUUUGCAUCUUAAUAGAAGCCUACUGGGAGCGUAUGGACGAUUUGCGAGGAAAGAUCCCCGUGUACUUCUCAGCUGGUCUGACGGAGCGCGCUAUCGAAUACUAUAAGCUAUUCAUCAACUGGACAAAUGAAAAGAUCAGAACAACCUUUGUCGACCGAAAUAUGUUUGACUUCAAGUAUAUUGACACUUUUCAAAGUCAUUUCGUCGACGAACCAGGUCCAAUGGUUGUAUUUGCGUCCCCUGGAAUGCUUCAUGCUGGCAUUUCAUUGCAGGUUUUCAAGAAAUGGUGUCAUGACCCAAAAAAUAUGGUGAUUCUUCCUGGGUAUUGCGUUGCGGGAACCGUGGGUGCCAAGGUACUUGCUGGAGAAAAGCAAAUUCAAAUUGAUGCUCACACACGUGUGAAUGUCAAUCUUCAAGUGAAGAACCUAUCCUUCUCCGCGCAUGCCGACGCAAAGGGAAUCAUGCAGCUGAUCAAAAUGUGCGAACCGAAGAAUGUCAUGUUAGUUCACGGGGAAAAAUCAAAGAUGAAAGUGCUGAAAAGACGAUUAGAAUCAGAAAUGGGCGUACGUACUUUCGACCCAGCGAAUGGUGAGGCUAUAUGGUGUGGGGGAGGACAGGAUAAGGAAAAGACAACGGAUGGACUAGUGAGUGGACAAGUUUUGAGGACAUCUUGGAAUACGGUGCGCGAGUCUCUUCUCCGGUGGAAUGAAUCUGGCGAGCCCGACGGCCCUAGUAAGGCAGCUCACGGAGCCAUCGGAAACUCUCCAUUCGUGGGUACCGUUCUUCAGAUGCCAGGGCAACCGCUUCACAUACUACCUCCACCAAAAGGGCUAUCCGAUGGGAGUCAUCGCCUGUCAUAUACCUUGAAAAAAUAUGUCAAUCCCUUUGGAGACAUACUCGGCAACGAUAGUAGCGAAGAUAUCUUCCGUUCAGCAUCUCAAAAUCAUAUCCUCUCUCAGCUCUCGACCACACUGAAAGAGUACUUGCCAGGUGCGCAGGUACAGUAUUUGGCUCGGCCCUCAAAGCCUACAGGGUCAUUCGAGAGUGAUGUCAUAUUGGUUCAUAUGGAUGAGGAUGGGUCAAUAUCAGAUCGGCAAGUCAGCUUACAGAUGGCUGCAGAACCACAGAGUGCUAUUCUUGUUGGGUGGUGCGACGGGGCGGACGACGUGGCGGGCCGAGUAGUUGCAGUCUUAAACUGCGUCGUCAAAUAAUGAACAUCCCUGUUAUGACGACGGACAGCUUUUCAUCCUAGGAGUCGUAACAGCUGUAGGGAGCAGGACUAAAACUUGUGUGCAAUGACGUAUCAAACGAUCACAUAGGAUAUUGGUGAUCCCGCUAACAAAACUAGAUUGCUUCAUUUAAAUGUGUAUAUAUUCGCAAGGCUUGGAAGUGGACAUAACAGAGGUCUUGAAUUGCAA